UAGCUGGUAGCAGUUGCUGAUUAGUAAGCAGUAGAAUAAAUAUGAAUCAUAUUACUGUGUAACAUUUGUUACUUUUCAUUUAAAAAAGUAAAGAACUCUGAUCGUCCUUCUCUGCGCAUCCGACCUGCAAAUAUAUACUUAUUUAUUUAAUAAAGAAAUUUCCAUUUAAAAUAAGUUAUAAUCAAUGAAGAGUGUAUUAAUGGUAGCGGAAAAACCGUCUCUGGCGGCUUCCCUUGCUAGUAUUUUAAGUAACGGCAAAAGUUCCUCUAGAAAGGGUUUUAAUGGAGCUUGUUCGAUCCACGAAUGGACUGGAACUUUUAUUAAUAGUCCAGCACGUUUUAAGAUGACUUCUGUUUGUGGUCAUGUAUAUGGUGUUGACUUUAUUAGUAAAUACAAUAAUUGGGAUAGGGUGGAUCCUGUAGAACUUUUUGCGUGCCCUAUAGAGAAAAAGGAGGCAAUGUCGAAACUUAAAAUGCCUGCUUUUCUCGCCGCAGAAGCGCAGGGUAGUGAUAAUCUUGUGCUUUGGCUUGAUUGUGAUAAAGAGGGUGAGAAUAUUUGUUUUGAAGUUAUGGCCUCAGUGGCAAAGAGUAUGAACAGCAAUGUCUAUUCAGAUAAUGUUACGUAUAGGGCGAAAUUUUCAGCAAUUACUGAAAAAGACAUAAAGGCAGCUUUUAACAAUUUAGGGCAUCCAAAUGAAAAUGAAGCUAAAAGUGUGGAUGCUAGACAGGAGAUUGAUUUAAGAAUUGGAUGUGCAUUCACCCGAUAUCAGACUAAAUAUUUUCAGGGGAGAUAUGGUGAUUUAGAUGCUUCAUUAAUAUCUUAUGGCCCCUGCCAAACUCCCACCUUGGGUUUCUGUGUUCAGAGACAUGACGAGAUCCAAUCAUUUAAGCCAGAAACUUAUUGGGUAGUUCAGACCUCUGUAAGAACAAAAGAUGAUAUUGAAGUUUGUUUAGAGUGGGAAAGAGUUCGAUGUUUUGAUAAGGAUGUUGCUACUAUGUUCUUAAAUUUAGUAAGGCAAGAUAAGGAAGGCAGAGUAAUAAGUGUAACUUCCAAAGAAAAAUCCAAACCUCGUCCAAUUGCAUUAAACACAGUUGAGUUAAUGAGGGUGGCAAGUUCCGGAUUGGGAAUGGGACCUCACCAUGCAAUGCAGAUUGCUGAAAAAUUGUAUACUCAAGGCUAUAUAAGCUAUCCAAGAACAGAAACUACAAAAUAUCCAGAAAGCUUUGAUCUAAUAGGUACUCUAAAACAACAACAGGACCAUCCAGAAUGGGGAAAUGAAGUAAGGGAAGUCUUAUCCAAUGGCAUAAAUAGACCAAAGCAAGGCCAUGAUGCAGGUGAUCAUCCUCCUAUUACUCCUAUGAAGUCAGCAACCAGAAAUGAAUUAGAUGGAGAUGCAUGGAAAAUAUAUGAUUACAUAACAAGACAUUUUAUAGGAACUCUCUCUAGGGAUUGUAAAUAUUUAAGCACCGCUAUAAAAAUUGACAUCAAUGGUGAAAUCUUUUAUAGUAAUGGCAAGACCCUGUUGGAUCCGGGAUAUACUACUGUUAUGACAUGGCAGGCAUUUGGGAAGAAUGAGAUUGUUCCAAAUAUUAAAGAGAAGGAGAUUGUUCCCUUAAAUAGUGUUAAGUUGACAGAGCAUCAAACUUCUCCGCCUGAUUAUUUAACAGAAGCUGAACUUAUUAGUUUGAUGGAAAAGCAUGGGAUCGGAACUGACGCCUCGAUUCCUGUGCACAUUAAUAACAUAUGCCAACGUAAUUAUGUGACAGUGAUCGCUGGACGAAAGUUGAAACCUACUACUUUAGGUAUAGUUCUGGUGCACGGAUAUCAGAAGAUUGAUAUUGAGCUGGUAUUACCCACAAUGCGUUCAGCAGUUGAAAAGCAACUAAAUCUUAUUGCUUUGGGCAAGGCCAAUUUCAAUGCAGUUUUAAAACACACAAUCGACAUUUUUAAGUUGAAAUUUCAGUACUUUGUAAAAAAUAUUGAUGGCAUGGAUCAGUUAUUCGAAGUGUCGUUCUCACCAUUAAGUGCAUCUGGUAAAGCUCAUUCCAGGUGUGGAAAAUGCAGACGAUAUUUGAAGUAUAUUCAGGCAAAACCCGCUAGAUUACACUGUCCUCAGUGCGAUGAGACUUACAAUGUACCGCAAAAUGGAACAAUCAAGUUGUUUAGAGAGCUGAAAUGUCCUCUUGAUGAUUUUGAACUUUUGUGUUGGACUACAGGCAAUAAAGGGAAGAGUUUUGUGUUUUGUCCAUAUUGUUACAACAAUCCACCAUUCAAAGAAAUGAAAAAAGCCAAUGGCUGCAAUUCAUGCACACAUCCGACGUGUCCUUAUGGCUUAAAUUCUAACGGUCUGUGUCACUGUGCUGAAUGUGAAUUUGGAAUAUUAGUAUUAGAUCCAUCGUCAGGACCAAAAUGGAAGCUUGGCUGUAAUAGGUGCGAUACAAUAAUAAAUAUAUUCGAUGAUGCUCAAAAAGUCGCCGUCCUUGAGGAAAACUGUUUGUGCGGAGCGCAAUUUGUGAAUGUGGAAUACAAACCAGAAAAGUCAAGAUUGCCAAAUCAGACAACGGAGAUGAAGGGAUGUGUUUUCUGUUCUAGUGAAUUUUCCAAAUUGGUCGACAAACCGAAAGCGGCUGCUGCUAGUAGAGCACCAAGACCAUUUCGUGGUGGUAGAGGGAGUGUAAGAGGUGGCAGAGGAAGUAGAGGCAGAGGGAAACCGAAAGAUAAAAUGGCCCAACUUGCUGCUUAUUUUGUAUAGCUGCUUAAAUGUUACUCAAAGGAAAAUAUUUAAUUUUGCUCUUAAAGCAAGUGAAAAAGACUUGUUUGAUAAAUAUAUAUAAUAAAAUGGAUUUGAAUCUUUAAAUUCCACCGUAUUGCCACUUUUAGUCACUGUUAUAUAUAAAACGAAAUAAGUUUUAACUUGCUCCAAGUAAAGAUUUCUAAAGCCUUUCUUCCAAAUGAAAAUGUGCUUUAUAGUAAACAGGUCUUUCAAAAUUCGCAUGUGUAAAAAAUAUUAAAUUAGACAUUGGAAAUAUUAAUUUAAUAAAAACAAAUUCCAAUUACCUCAUGGUGUUUUUAGUGGACAAAAAAAUUACCAUAGCCAACAUUUGUAGCAUAAUAACUAAUGCAUUGAUUACCGAAUUUCUGAUAAUUGUAUGGACGAACCUCAUUUUCGUCACUUAUAUAGGUUUAUUAAUAUUAUUUGAAAUUUAUUAAAAUAAUAUCCAUAU